UAAACUGAGGUCUUCUUCAUUGCUAUAGCAGUGACCCUUGGUCUGACCAAAAAAAAAGCAUAUUUUUUUUUUUCCUGGAAACUUCUGCAGAAUACUUUCUGAAGAGCCAUCAGGAUGAACUUCCAGGACCCACCAAUACUCCAGCACUUGGCAGUCCAGGGCCUGCUGAAGGACGAGGUCUUGGCCAUCUCUGUUCUGCGGCACCUGCCUAGGCUGCUGUUUCUACCACUGUUCAAGGAAGCCUUCACUGACAGAUUCCUGAAGACCCUGAAGGCAAUGGUGGCAGCCUGGCCCUACCCCUGGCUCCCUGUGGGAUCGCCGAUGAAGACCCCCGAUUUGGAGAUCUUGAAGGCUGUGCUAGAUGGCCUGGAUAUGCUGCUCACACAGUUCGUAAGGAAAGAGCAAAAACUGGAGGAUAUUCCAAGACCAGAGGUGAGGCAGCCCUUGAAGAUAAUAGUAGACCUUUGCCUCAAGUUGCACAAACUUGAUGGAUAUCAUACCCAUUUAUUGCAGUGGGCCAAGCCAAGGAAGAGUUCCCUGCAGCUCUGCUGCAGGAGGUUGCAGAUUGGGCAUCUCUACAUGAAUCGGGUCUGCUUUCUCACUGGUCAGAUGAAGCAUUUGGUCUGGUGCCUGAAGAGCCCCUUGGAGACCCUGUGCAUCACUCUCUGCCGGUUCACACCGUCAUACACAAACCACUUAUCCCAAAGUCAGAGCCUCUGGCAGCUCAAUCACCUGAACCUGAGUGGUACUUCAUUAUAUAAUUUAUGUCUUAAGCCCACCCGAGUUCUCCUAGAGAGUGUUAUAGCCACUCUGCAGACCCUUGAAUUACCAAACUGUGGACUAGAGGACUCCCACUUCAGUGCCCUUCUGCCUGUCCUGAGCCGGUGCUCCCAGCUCACCAAGGUCAGUUUCUAUGACAAUGACAUGUCUGCCAUCCUUAAGGACCUUCUGCACCACACAGCCAACCUGAGCCAGCUGACCCACGAGCUGUACCCUGCCCCUUUAGAAUGCUAUGAUAUGGUCAGCUCGCUCAAGUUUGUUCUCCACUCAUGA